UUUGAGACCACACCCUCGUAAUACUGCACCCUGUCAUAAAUGUAGAUAACUGUUACACACUGUCCGCGGAAGUGAAUUAAAACAAUCAAGACUAUGGCCAUAUUUCUACGCUCGGAGUAGUAUUUUUGUGUAUAACACGUUUACAUAGUCCUAGAUAGCAUGAACUACUAAUGGUCCGCCAUGCUUUUAUUUUGAAGGUUGAAACCGAACCGGUAGUCCGUCUCCUUUGUUCUCAUAAUUAGCUAGGUAGGCUAAACGUUUAAGUCGACCGGCCAAGCGGACCUCCUCUCUGGGUUUUGCUGGUUAGUAGUACCGUUAAUGGCAACAUACCUGUCGUCAGUUAGCUCUUGCUGGAAGCUAACUUUAUAACGUUACAACACACAAAAGAUAGACACGUUGGUGUGUUCGUAACAUGGUGUCUAGAAGUUGAGGAACUUGGUUUGUGUCGAGUUAUUUGAUGCUAACACGAAGGGCUAACGUUAGCUACGGUCUGACGGAAAAACUCAACUAACGUCGCUGAAGGGAUGCAGAGUGGAGUAAUAUGUUCCGGGAGACUGAAAAGUUAAACAGGUUUGUCAAGCGAUGACGUUAACGUUAAUGUUAACGUGAAGCCUCACGUGGAACUAGCCGUUGCUAACUUGCUUAUUGAGCAUAUCUGAAAGUAAUGUUGAGUUAUUGAAAGCAACCUUGGCAGCUCCAAAGGUUGCCAUAUUGUAAAAAAAGACAUGUAGACGAGAAGCCUGACUUAUAAAUGCUGGCAUUUCAUUAAGAGAGUCACAAGUAAUAUAAGCAGGGGUCACUCCUUGUUUCUGUUGAACUGCUCAAACACACCCACAGGUGUGUCUAUGGCCUGUGGACGUCAUUUUGCCUAAACCUGAAUCCUUGUGAACAAGUAUUACAACUUCACAGCUGAACUGGCAAUACGUACAUGCUUUUCCAGUAAGCUCUCAGAGCUGCCUGCCCAACUUCAUUGAGAGGAGCUGAAAACUGAGUGUCUGCUAAUUUUAAUUCACCUCCAACAAUCUCUGUGAGAAAGCAUGACAGCUGUGGUAGGCAGAGCAUGGGGGUGGGUAUUGGGCUCAUGGAACAGCAGAGCGGUGUCAGAGAAGACCACAGUGGUGAAAGCCAAGGGCCAGGAGCAUGGCUUCAGAGGAGAGGGCCUCGGGGGGUGGACUUCUUGGAUCUGGGGAGGGUGGAGAUGUCAAAGUGACCAAAGUAGUCCAGUAGAGGAGUACUGGGAGGCGCAGGAGAGGCUUCAGCCCAUGGAAAUUGAAGAUCUUGGUGCAGGGAGACAGGAGACAGAUGCAAGUUCAGAGCAAGUAUCUAGAUGGUGGAAUAAGUAUCUCCCAACUUCUUAUUUUUCAUGGCCAAGAAAAACAGAAACAAUUGGAUUAAGACGAAGGAAAUGUGAUGUUCAAAGUAGAGAUGCACGGGACUGUGAUAUUGAUGGAGACUUUUCUGACUAUGGAACACCUCCUCCUUCUCCUACACCUCCUUCCUCUCAGCUGACAUCUCCUUUUCGACUCUUUGCGCACAGCUGGAAGGUGGAAAUCCUACCAGAGCACUACGAGAUUUGUUUUAACUUCCUCCGCCACUUGUUUGAUCUGUUCGUGGUUGGCUUCCUGUGGACUGUGUCCCCCCCUGCCAAGCUGAUCCUGGAGGUGUUGGGGGUCCAGGGAGCACUGAGGCUGUGGUUUCAUGGUAUGGCCAUGUUUUUUGUCUCCACAGUUGGAAUGGCUGGAUUACUCUGGUUGAUCCAGGAGUAUCUCCCUCAGUUUGCUUUGAUCUAUGGCAUCAUCCAGGCAUUGGUGAUCUCUGUCAGUGUUCGACAGAGUGUGAUCCUCAGCAUAGAAGAAGAAAAAGAAGAAAAUGAUGAGGGGGGCAAGGAGACCGAAAAAAUGGAAGACUGCAGGGAACAUAAAGAAAAGGUUAUGUCUAUAAACAACAAGGUGAAGACAAGUUAAAUAAAAGAUGGUGAGAAGUUACUGUGUGUCCAGGAGUCCACCAACAUCAGUCCAGCUGUAUCAGACCUCUUCCUGCGGGACUACACAGAGACUGUUUCACUACCCCACUGUGGUCUGCAGUGUGACUAAAGAACUGUAUUAUACAUUCAUUACGAACUCUUAGUUUUACUCAUGUCACUUUAUGUGAAAACACUAUUGAUCUGCAUUUUAUAGACAUCUGUCCUCACUUGAUUUUAAUGUUAUCACCAAAAUGUUGACAUUGAUAGCAGUGCGAAGUUUAGUAUCAAGAAGCAUACUCAGUAAUAAUAGAGGCCGUGGAUGUUCAAGAAAUGCCUUUUAAGUAAGAACACAGUACAAAGUACACAGUAUUUAGGGAAUACUCUGUUGCUUUUCUUGUCCUGUGGGACUACUUUUCUCAUGAUUCGCCGUGAGACAGUUGCCUGCUUUGGGACCAGGUGAUUGCCUUUGGUGCAUUGUGGGUGAGGAGAAGUGAACAAACUUGACCCACAACAACCAAACACACUGCCUGAAUUAACAGAAAUCUUAGGCAUCACCACUGAGGAAAACAAAUGCAGAGUGAUACAAACUACUGCAUUAACAAAAAACACAAAAACCUGUAUGUGUAAAAGUAAACAUCAGGGGCUGAAAGACGGAAUGGUUCAGGACUGGAGAGUCUUAAGAUGAGCUUGAGUGAGUAUUAGGCAAAUACACAGAAAAACAUUUAGUGCCACAGCUUUACAGUGCACCUGGAAGUCAGGUUGAAAGGGUCAGAAAUGCUCCUAAAAGGAACCAAAUUUUCACUGACCACAAUACCACAGCAAACAGGGAAAAUGUUCCCACACACCUUUUGAGCAGCUUCUGAUGUCUGGUCUGUUCAAAGUCUGUAUUCACUCUAUUUAGGUAAACGUAAAAGUCAUUUAAUUCUUAAAUCCCUAUAAAAUCAAAUUGGAAUGCAGUUUUUUUUCCAGUCUGUUCUAAAGCUUAGAUUUGGGUUUGUCUCUUGCCACCCUCUUUGUCUUUAAUGGCCCAGACACACCAAACCAACUUCAGAGAACUAGCGCCAACAAAGGCCCCCUGCUGCAUUGUGUGAUGUUGCCAUGUCUCCAUGAACGCACUGCAAAGACUUUAGCCAACAGUCAACCAGCACGUGCCAGUACUUGAAUACCUCAAAAAAUAUCCCCCUUUUUCAACAAAAUGCUUUAAAGCCUUUUUUUUUUUUGGUAACUUCUAAUGUAUUGCCUUCUCGAUCGCAUUUUGUUCCUCCUCUCCUUUCUUCCUUGCUUUGAUCAUGUCUUGCCCUACAUCAUAGUUUAUUUUUACUUAGGUCCACUUUUACAACCCGGAAAAACCAGAAGGCCCAGGUUGGCAUGGCAAAACUUAUGUAAAACUGUGGAAAACUAAGUUCCAGGAUUUUAUAGUUAUGCCUAAAAAGGGUGUGAUAAGUAACCCUUCGCUGAAAAGAGAGACACUGAUCAAAUCAUUUAUAUAUGUUAAAUAAUAAAUAAUAACUCUCACACCAGCAGACAGCAGUGGUCUGUAUUCGUCAUCUUGACAUUAGUUAGCACAUGAACAAUUCACUGUUGAAAGAUCAAAGCAUAUUUACCUUAUGUGGCAAGUUUGUUUUGGUCUCACUCCCUUAUGACUUCAGCUCUCUGUUUACUCUCCUCACUCGUGUUUUUUUUCUCGGGCUGAACUGAACUGCCAGUCAGUGUUUCAUUCACCAACAGCCUCUGCCGUUUCCGACGGGACACACUGCACUGACUAGGGUGACAGACACUCGCUGACAGCCCAACAUUGACUGACGGCCGACCUACAGCUUGGUGUGUCAGGGCCUUAAAGGCAAAGUCACAUUACAUGUCUCCCCAGCAAAUAUUCAUUCCGUCUUUAAUUCACCUGAAGUUUGCAAGAUGAACAAAUUUAAGCAUGCAUUUCCUGAUCUGGUGCCAUCUCUAGCUGGCAACAAUCACCUGCUGUUCAACUUUUACCUGCAAAUUUACAUGGUUGACCACUUGAAACACUUAUUGUGCUGUUUAAUAUUCAUUUAUUACCCACAUCGAACCUGUGACAUCACAUUCUAGGGUAGAGUGCAGAGAAAUUCUGUUGAACUAAAGGCUAACUUGGCUAAUUUUACUGGAGCAGUUCCACAUUUGGUCAAUGGUGGGAAUCCUGGGAGGAGAAAUGGACUUAGUAACCAACACUGCUGAUCGAUUUACUAGUUUUGACACCUGUCAAUAAGCACACACAGGUUACAAAAUACUUUAUUAAAGCCAUAAGGUCUCCUUAACGCUUGACUCUAAGCAUUGACCUCAAAGUGAAUGUUGACAAUAAAAUGUUUUGAGAAUGAAGACUAAUUGAAUGGAAUGCAAUGGUUGGUCCAGUGCUGGUUGUUUUCUUGAAGUAAGCAUCUAAUAGCUUAGAAGAAAUGGUGUCAUCACUUAUCUGUGAUGAUUGCUUCUUAAAUUAAUAUAACCUUGUCAUUUCUGCUCAUAAAUUUGUUUUGUAUUUUACAUAGUUUCACAUAAUGAUGGGCAUGUCCAAAAUUUGGCCCGGCGUACCCCCACAGACUGAUUUUAGACAGUCCACAUCUUGUCUUUCAAAAUAUACAGUAUUUGACCAACCACACGUUGAUUUAUCAAGCAAGUUCACUUACUGUCUUUUCUGUUCACCUCAAGAAGGCAGGACAAUCACACAGUUUGUAGACAAGCACCAAGUAGGAACUACAUAUGUGGAACUAAUGUGUUUUCAUGAACAGAUGGUAAACAAGCAAACUAACACGUAACAGCAGGCAUUUCCUGCUAGGUAGCAGACAGGGCCACGGUAAAGAGGCGUAAAAUCGAAAGUGAGGGAAGCCACUUUUAAGAGCAGUGGAAAGUAGAAUUCUUUUUCAUUGAGUAAUAAAACAGUUGCGUUGUUUAAAAAAAAAAAAAAAUUAUUAAUUCAUAUGAUGUGAGAAGCUGGUCUCCUGAUUUUCACAAUAUCUAAUUUGGCCCCAUUCAAAAAAGUUUGGACACCCGUGUUGUUGGAGGUAUCUGUUUAGAGAUUUCAAGUAUUGACACAUAAUACCAGCAGCACAUUUAAAUGUGCUCUUUUUUUCUUUUCUUUUUUUGCCUUUCACAUUUUCUGUGCCAUGAUAUUGCUUAUUUUAAAGUUUUCUCCACUUGUUUUUAUGUAGUUUUACCUCCUUGCUAUGCUUUCAAUGUAAAGGUACAAAAAUGAAAAGACCAAACAUCUAACUUGAUCUGAGAGCACAAUAGCAUGUUUUUGUACUUAACACUCCUGUUAAAUUUAACCAUAUUUGCCUUGCAUCAUACAUUCUCUCAAUAGUAUGUUGUGAUAAACCAUUUAUUAAAAAAUACAUAAACUUUGAGUCUGCUUACAUGUAUCACAGCCUGUAAGUUGUGGAAGCCUGUGGCUGAAUAUAUUAAAUAAAUUGAAUAUAU